CUUGGUUUUGUCUUUCUGGAUUCCUGUGUAUGGGAGUGAGUGACUGUAACUGCACAGAGGAGGGGAGACUGGGAGAAGACAGGGAAACAUGCCAAGUCAACAGGAUUUACAUCCUCCCAAGUCAGAGGAAGAAUUGGCUCAAGAGAUCUUGCAUCGUUUUAUCAGUGUUCCAGAGCAGACAUACGAACACUUUCUGGCAAGCUUUUCCCAUGCUCCUACAGCAGAUAGAAAAGAGCAAGCGUCCCAAUCGGAUCCUUUCCAAGGAGCAUUGUGGGGUUCUAGGGAAGAGAGGAACAAUAUGGCGGACAGCGCUGGGACAGAAGCAGCAAAACUGGAUACAUCCGCUGAUCAGAUUGUGAUGGAUAAUGGAAUCAAAGUUGGCAGCACUUUCAGCAUUGACCUUAUGCAUCAUCACAAAGUCCAGAUUGAUAAUUACGUGGAUCCUGUGGAUUUCGAGCUUGAUAUGGAUGGAAUGGAGGACAUUAGUCGAAAUAUUGAGCUGUUCCCUGGAGAGGCAGAGGUAACUCGUUACUUUCCAUCCUUCUCAAGGAAUACCUGCUUGGAAUUUCAGAUGUCUGCUGAGAGCCAACAGAAUCCUACAAUACAUCAGACCGAUGAAGUUCAACCAUUUGCGCUGGAGGAGGGAUUUGAUUAUGACCAAGUGGCGCUGACUCCAAAAUUUUCUGACGCUGAACUAGAAUUCCUCAAAAGAUCGAGAAAUCAACAGAGCACAGCGGACGGAGCCAUCGAACAGACUGGAAAUCACAUUUCUUGAUCACUGCAGAAGAUACAUGUGUAUUUAUAUAUUUAUAUUUAACUCAUGUUUACACAUUUCCCGAAAAGGAGUAUAAUAUGCACAGCUUCUGUUUUGGAGAGAGACUGCUAAAAACUGAUUAAAUGAAAUUAACAACAUGAAAUUGAUCGAGAGAUUUGCACCAUAUGGCGGUUAUGUAACUUAAUUAGUAACUGGCUUGUCUUCGGUUUGCUAUGUUUAGAAACCAUUCCUGAUUCCGAGUGGCAGGUAAAUAAUCGCUUAUUACUGAUCUUUAUAGUUGACACUCUGGAGUUAUGUCUGUUCUAAGCUCUUCAGAGAAGUUGUAUCAAUAAGGAAAUGUGUCGUCGUUUUCUGUUUUAAAAAGACCUCUCUCUUGUUUAGAACUAAUAUAUGUCGGGAUUUAUUCACUAAA